AUGUACUGGGUGAGUAAGGUGAAGGCCUGGAACCAGAAGAGAUCUUUGGCCAAGGUGAUGGGGGACAAGGCAUCCCAUGAGCCUCAGCGCUGGGAGGAAGACUACCAGCUGGUGGAGUGUGAAGGCCUGUUCGAAGAGUACCUGGAGAUGGUGCUCCAGUUUGGGUUCAUCACCAUCUUCGUGGCAGCGUUCCCCCUCGCCCCGCUCUUCGCCCUCCUCAACAACUGGGUGGAGAUCCGUCUGGACGCACACAAGUUUGCGUGCGAGUACCGCCGACCGGUGGCUGAGCGCGCCCAGAACAUCGGAGUGUGGUUCAACAUCCUUGAAGCCCUGUCACACCUGUCCGUCAUCGCCAACGCCUUCCUGAUAGCCUUCACAUCAGAUUUUUUACCUCGGCUGCUGUACCAGUUCAAGUUUGAUAAUGAUCUCAACGGAUAUGUCAACUUCACCUUGGCUUACGCCCCACUUAACUACACAGAGUACCCAAUGUGCAGAUAUAAAGCGUACAGAGACAACGAUGGAAACUACUCACUGUUCUACUGGGAGCUCCUUGCUGUCAGACUUGGCUUUAUCAUUGCUUUUGAGGUAUGA